UAACCCUACUUUUCUUGUUUAAAAGAAUAAUAAAAAGCAUUACAUUUUGUUGCCAUUUAAAAAACAAUUAAUAAUAGAGUCGAAUAGCUUAAUUUAAAGCUUUAAAAUACACUAUUUAGUUAUAUAUUUCGGUGCAUUUUAGAUUUUAAGCUAUUGGUUAGGUUUUCGUGUUUAUGUUUUAAAACUACGUGCAAAUGCCAAAAGUGUGUGUUGUUCCUGGGUGUAAAACAAGAUCAAAUGAAAAGGUCAGGGGAGUGAAAUAUUCUUUAUUUUCUAUACCUAAAGAUGAAGAGAUAAAAAGCCAGUGGAUAAAAGCAAUUCCUGGCAUCAAAUCUCUGACACCGACACAAGUUAUUUGUGAAAAACAUUUCCCAGAACAAUGUAUUAUUAAGGAAUUUAUUCAAAAAGACGUUGAUGGAAAUAUACUUUACAAAUCAGUAUACCAGCGUCGACAUUUACAUAAAAGCGCAGUGCCAACAAUUUUUAAAGAUUCUGAUAUGCCACCUUUAUUUCUAGAGCUAAAAACCGAAGAUGUAUGUUACAGCAGAAGAAAUGAAAACAGAAGAUUCAUCUGACAUAAAAAGCCUUUGUAAAAGUAGAGAAGAUUUUGUAAGUAAUUUACAACCUUCAGCUACAAGAACAGUUGAUGUUAAUCACAAUGGAGUUAAUAAUAGGAUUCUUCAAAUGGCAAAAACUGAAAAUGCAAAGAACAUUGGAAAUAAUAGUAAAAGAAAUAUAGACAAUAUGAAUAAUAUAUCUGAAGGAUCACCAAAGCUCAAGAUAAUCCAAAAUGCAGGGUUUGAUAAACGAAAUCAUAAAAUUGUGGGAGUACUCAAGAAAGUGCCUAAAGCAACUAUGCUCAAAAUCAUGGCACGAAGGCGUUCUUUAAAGAUUUAUAAUAUUGGAAAUAAUACGUGUAAACAACCAAAUAUUAAAGUAAAUCCCGUUACAAAUCCCGUAAAUGGUCGUAAUAACAAGGAAACAAGCUUUAUAACGACAAAAGAUGACGAUGAUACUUCUAAGUUAUAUGAAUCGCUCCCAGAAACCUAUGCUGUGGAACACAACUAUGCCUUACAUGAUUUACCAAGACCAAUAUUUUGUACAAAUGCUGUUAAUAUUGAUCCUAAAAGUCUUGAACUACCAAAAACAUGGGGAGCUACCGAGAAAACGAUUCAGAAUAAGAAAUAUUUGCUGCUCACGAAAGUAAUUACUCGAAUGAUAGACCAACGGCAAACUGAAGUACUUCAGAAGUACAUGUUACUCGAUUGUAUAGGAAAGAACGCCAGUUAUUUUGUUUAUGGACAUGAAGUCAAAGAUAUUAUAACAUUGCCAGAAGUUAUUCACAGUACAGACAUAUUACUGAGAAGUUUAAACAUAUUUGAGGCGAUGAAUGUGUGUGAAGGCCUGGGGCCAAUUGACCCUUCUUUAAUAAAAAACUCCGAAGUGUUAAGGGAUUCUGCAAACUGUAUACGACAUGCUAAUUGCCCUUGGUUAUUAACCCGAAUGAAAACGUGCACAUCUUGCAAAAAAUUGAAACGUAUUAUCUCCAUAAGGUCUAAUAAAGUUGCCCGUAACGGGAUAAUUACUAAAGAAAUGUUUAACAAUUUGAGGAGGCAACUCGCUCGUGAAAAGCGUCGAAGAAAAAAUGCAGUAGAAGAGAAAAGAAUGUUAUUAAAGGAAGUAUCUGAAAGAAGUAAUGAAUUACAAUCUGCCGUUAAUUAUAAGAUGCUGUUUAAAAAUAUCUUUUUGGAACAUAACGUUCAUAAUAACUACAGAUUGACUUUAAAAGAGAUAUUGGAAACUUCGAGGGCUAAACCUCGAGGUCGGAGGUAUUCAAAGGAGUGGCUGAUGUUUUGCGCAUCAGUUGUCAUUAGGUCGUCUUCCAUGUACGAAUUUUUAAGGAAAACCAACAUCAUUCCACUACCAAGUUUGCAUACAAUUCGAAGCUAUUUUUAUGGUAAAACUCCGAGACACAAUUUCGACGAAACGUUUAUUGACUUAGUAAAAAACUAUCAAGCUAAGAACGCUCAACAAGACCCUGAGACAUUAAUAUAUCAAAAUACCAUUGGCAGUGUCUUUCAAUUAGACGAAAGGUGAAACUUAUUAUUUAUAACUUUUUUGUUAAAAUUCAUUUUUUUUGUUUUUUUUUUUAAAU